AUGAGUGAUAAUCAUCUAAUAGAUGACUCACAACCGGAAUACUUGCUGGACUUGUCUUUAUCUUGGGAGUCUAUCAGCAAAGAGAAGGAAAGGUCAACGCGUAAAGCUAAACAACUAGAAAAGCUGCAUAAAGAGUUGCACCCAUUGAAUAAAGAGUUCGAAGAUGUGCAAUUAACGAGGACAAGGAAUAGCUCAUUUCACAAAAAUAACCAAUUUACUGUUGUUGCUGCAAAAUUUCUCAAUUUGAGCUCCAAAGCUGAGCUCGACCAACUUUAUAGAGAUGGAUACUCAAAACAUGAUAUUGAAAAUAUGCUUGAAAACAAGUAUCAGGAAAAGAAAUUGUUUUUCACUGAUCUUAAUGUGAAACAUCACAGAUUCAGAAGGAAGACAUUUGAAGCUUGGAGAAGCAUGAGCAACUCGCAAAGUGUGAACACAAAUACUUUUACGUCGGAGGAAGAAUUCAUGUCACAAAUAAGCAAACCUCAGCAGUUGCGUCUAAAACAAAUAAAUAAUAAACCACUCAAAGCUUUCAUUACAGUAAAACGAGUUAAUACAAAAAACAAUGAGAUAAUCACCAAACUUUCAGUGGAUGAUACAAAUUCAGGGAAUAAGAGUUCCAGAUCUGACUCUUCUUCUCGCCUGAGAACUAAGUUCCUUAGAACCACCCGUAACGAUAUACCGAACGAAACAAACCUGCUAGGAAUAUCCUCAGAAUAUGAUACAGAUGCUCAGAACAGUAGCUUGUUAAUGUUUAGUGAGAUGCACGAACCACAGAGUAGCACAUUAGAGGUGACAAAAGCAGCAAGUGAUAACCAACCUAUAGUUGCUAAAGAUGACCUUGCGGCUUUGAGUUCACCAACGUUAACAACAGCAGAACCACUAGAGCACGUUGAAGGUGGGUCUAAUAUGUUAAAUGAGGAUUCUCAGAUUCUCAAUACACAGACAGAACUAUUAGAGAUUUUUAGUGAAAAGAAAGAUACAACUUUCAUGUCAUCUGAUCAGACAAAAAAUGAACCAUCAGAAGCAGUGAUUCAACUCCCUUCUUCCCCUGAACAACUUUUUAGUAGUUCUAGCACUCAACACCCCUCCAGGGAUAAUAUCGUGGACGAAAGUAUUACCAGAAUCAUUGGCUCACGAAGGAAUCUUAGACAUAGAACAAUUGUUAAUAAAAAUCCUUAUCUUGUUGACAGGGCUGAAUACUUGGGAUUGUCUACAAAGUAUGAGCUCAUAUAUAUGACUGAAGAAGGAAAAUCUGACGAAGAAAUUUUAUCUUUUUUAGAUUCCAAAUACCAGCAAAGAAGAAAGGAAAGAAAAGAUAAGGAAGUAGGAUUUGGCCCAUACUCGAAAUCAUCUUUUUAUGAUAUCAUGAACGGGAAAAUUCACACUGAUAAUUUACUAGCACCUGGUAAUACAGAUUUAUUGACUGAGUCCUACCAGGCAAUAGGAGAGGACUCAGUCUCGGAUCAUGAAUUUGAGUGGUCAAUGGAUGAGGAAAGCAACCAUUAUAAUGAUACUCUCAAUGAAGAAACUGACGUCAAAAGCAGUAAUUAUUUAUUAGAAGCUUAUGAUUUAGAGAAUGAGCUUGUGGGACUAGAUCAAGAUUUACCGCAAGUAGAUGAAAACGUCUCUCGCUUUAAUAUUAACGAAUUAACGAAAAAAGCUUUGUCCUCAACUUUUGUGGCUGAGAAGAAGAAACGAAAACUUACCUCUGACAAUUUUGCUAAUGCUGCAAAGAGACAAAAAUCAUUGGGAAAUGGCGGUAUGAUACAAAAAUUUGGAGAUGAUACAGACAUAGUGAAGUUACCAUCUCCAAAUUCCACAGCCUUCAAUCCGUAUUCUAUGAACUUUUUAACUUUAUCGGAUGAAGAGACACAAUCUGAGCAAAAACUAACUGACUCUCAACCAAAGAAACAGGUUGCAAAACAGACAAAUCAAGAGAAAACUGGUUCUGAAAUAACCAAUCGGCCAAACCGAGUCAAUGCAACAAGCCUAAUUGGCCUGUCUAACGUUGCAGUGAAUAAAAACUGUUUGGCAGCUGGUGCUGAAAUUCAGUCUAAGCCAGUAAUUUCCUCUUUGGAUAAUGCUACAGAGAUAAAACGUUCGAUGAAAAAUAAACAGAAAAAAAUUAUAGGCAUAACGUAUGCCCCAAUCAGUAAUUCAAACUACGUUUUCAACAGAAUCCCUAAUGCAGGUACCUACCAGGAAGAAGUAGUGAAACCUCAUGUUUUGGACGAUGGGCUCCCGCCGCCCAUAACAACAUUAGAUCUUGGAUUUGCGAGAAAUACCAGUUUGAAUUUGAAAAGAUCUAAAGAUGUUAUCAAUUCCAAUUCUUUUGCGGAAGACAAACCACACAUUUACCGUCUGUGGGAAAAAUACAAAGAACCUAAAGAUUUGAAGAAACAAAGGUAUAAAUUUUUACUCAACUUGAAACCUUUGGAUUAUAAAAGUUUGAAAGCACCUCAAUCAUUUUUGUCUUCUAACUUACUUGCCAAGUCGUUAAGAGAAGAUGCUGAUUUUUAUUGGAAUAAGACGAUAAAGAUUGAUUUCUUAUCAAUGAAGAUGGUUUUUGAAAAACCUUUGAAGGCUGAGGACACUUUAUCAAGGGUAAAAGCUUUUCAUGACAUUUUAUUAGGUGCACUUAAAAGCAAUAGUUUGCACAAGCACCAAAUAAAACAACUGAGGAAAUCACUAAUUCAUUUUCUCAUGUUAAUAACUAAUAUUAAGCAUGAUUGCCCAAGUAUAUUACCUGAAAUUGGAAUGGAGAUGAACUCUUUUCUCAACCGUUAUAAGAAGAACACUAAUAACAAUGAGAUUUUGUUCUGUAUAUUUGCCCCAUAUUAUCUGGUUUAUAUGAGAAUGUUUCAGAAACUCUUGCCUGCUUCCUCUGACUUCAAUAAGAGCUUUAAAAAUACUGCAUUUUGGUUAAGCAAGAAGAUUGUUAGCAAUGUUUGCAGUAUCUCAUUUGAGAAUAUAUUUAUCCACACUAAAAGCAUAUUGAGUGAAUCGCUUUACAUCUUCUUGAAUUGUACAAGUAAUCCUUGGUCUUUUGUGGAGUAUUUACCACAAUCAACAGAAAUUGAUGUGCUGAAUGUUUUGAAUUUUUUAUAUUUCUGCAAUUCUUACAGUCAUGUGGAGAUGGAUUGGGAGUAUUUUACUACUGUUUUAACCGGCUUCUGCGAUUCAAUGGAAAAACAACCAACAGAUUUGAUAUCAAUCAAAUUUAUUUUUGCUUCUAUCUUGAAAAUUAACAGGGAGCUAAAAUGGGACUUAGAGGAUCACCUUCUUAUCAAGAUGUUCAGGCUUUUAGCAGAGUACAAAUUUGAAAACAUAGGAUCGGCAAGUACUGGAAAACCCACAAUAUACCCAAAUAUACCGGCAACGGAUUCCCUCACAGAAGAAGAUGGAUGCUUAGACGUCUAUUUCAAAAUCUUGAAUAUUUAUACCAAACAAUAUUUAUCGGAGAACACGAAAUCAUUGGUUGAAAGAUUGAUACCCAUAAGGUCAACCUCAGGUUAUUCUUCGGUUCAGCUUCAAAAUAGAGCAAAAGUUCUGCUCAUGAUGGUUUACACCUUUGACCAGGACUUAGGCUCUAGUCUAGAAUCCAUCUUAAACGAUAUGGUACGAAAUGGAUCGUUAUUUUCUCUCAAAUCAUCUUUUGCUUUGAUUCGGACUAUUAUACGACAGACCCCGAAAAGGCCUUAUAAUUUAGUUAGAAAAUAUCUCCCCAUGCUAAUUAAAAAAAUAAAUCAUUCAAAGCCAGAUGGUGAAACUUUCAGCAUAUUCAAGGACCUUAUAUUCAGUGUAAAUGAGCUAUUAAAUGGUCAAGAUGUAUCACAUUUGAAAAGGAUGGUAGACUUUCUAGCUAUUAUUUUGACGUUCAAGCACGCUGAUACCGACACAGGCUUUGAAGGUGUGUUCACUAAAUCAUUCAUGGUAUUAUCGCAUCAAUACGAGUUUUUGAAUGGUGUCGAAAUUUCAGAAAGAGAUGAGGUCAGACUUCGGAGAAGUCUUGCAGAGAUAAGUAAGAACGCAAAAUCAAGACUUUUGGAUGAAAACGCAAAAAGCUUUACCAUAAAUAAAUUGUACAUGAAGUUUUGGUUGUAUGCCGUUGCCAAGUCUCGGCAACCUGCCAUUCAGUUGCUAUAUACGGAGUGGAAUUAUUUUGGUUCGGAGCAAUUACGGAAUAAAUACGAGCUAGCAUUUUUUACUUAUCUGGUGCAAUUGUUUGAAGUAUCUAACAUUAAAGAAGAAAUUCUGAACAUUUUUUUUAAGCAUCUUGCUUUCAUUUUCACAGAUUUAUCAAAUUUAUUUCAGGGCAUAGUAAAGCAAAAAUUGCUUUUGGUUAAAAAACAUGGGCUUCAAAGCUUCACCUCACAAUCCUUUCAAUAUAGGCGAAUUGAGUUAACCAUUAUAUGCCUAUCUUCUCUUUUCAGGGAAAAAGAUGAAAAAAUGAUUUAUCAAGUACUUAAGUCAUUCAUUGUGUCACUAAAAAGCCAACUAGUAAAUCAUGAGGCGAGAAAUUACAUCAAAGAAGUUGGACUUUACUUAUACACAGUGGCCAAUGAUAAAUAUGACAUUCCUGAAUGGGACUAUUUGGUCAGUAAGUUAAAGCUAGAAGCGGUCGAGGGAUCGCUUCCCAAGAAAAUACAGUUUGUGGAAACUGUAGAAGACACAAUCUUUCUUCUUCAAAAAAUAUAUAUCGCCUCCAUUGCCGGUAAUACCUACGCUGAUUUUCAAAAUCAAAUGACACAGUACUCAAAAAUGCAAGUAUCCAGAGCUAAUUUAUUAACUUCUUUUUGCGGUAUAAUCUCCUUUCAUGUGGAAUGCAUAUUACAAUCAAAGAGUGAUCAUUGGAUGUAUUUAAAUCAUUGGAUGGAUAUUUUCAGUUCUCAUGUGGUACGUCAAACGUACAAGCAGGAUAUGGGUCAAAUAUGCAAAGUAUUCCGUAUACUAUCUAAGCUAAACACUAUGUUUGCAACUGCCUAUAAUUACCGAUACUAUUACUACAAAACUUUGCAACAGUUGUAUACAUUGUUGAAAUGGUCUUUGAGAAUGUUUAUGGGUUUUGAUGAUUCAAAAUUGUUUAUUGAAAACUUUUGGAUUUUUGCCGGCAUGGACCCAAUUGUUGUUAACCCAUUAACAUCCUUCUCUGUGUUGCCCCUGAUAGAUAACGAGUUACUGCUAAAACUUAAAAAUUUGUAUCAAACUUCAGACACUAUUUUACAGGGGAAAGCAGUAAACCAGUCCACCGAGAAGGAUCUAUAUUUGCUUGAAAACGAAUUGAAGAGCCAGCGUAGUUUGUUGGUCAAAAACUGGAAACUCCCCAUUAUCGGAGAUAUGGUUUCAGCUGAGCCCACUGAUGGGGGAACGCGAACUUGA